UUCAUUGACAGAAAACUUCCACAUAAUUUCACAAAUUUCCAUUUUACGGCAAAAAGGAAAUAAAUAUUUAUUUCCGAUUGCUUCGUCAUUAACAAUUCCAUUUCUCAUACUCCUCCUUCCCUUUCUCUCUCAACAUUCCCAUUCCUUCCCUAUUCCAUCGAUCUUCUCUCCGCUUUUAUAUACAGAACUCAUCAGCCAUCCACCCUUAUUCUCUCAACGUUCUAUUUUCUUCUCGAAUAUCACAGAACCCGAUUAGAUCUAUAGAUCUUGUUUCUCCAGGAAUUUGAUUAUUCAGAUUAGGACAUCAUGUCGGAAGAACACAGGCUUCAGGAACCACGGUUAUGCGCUAACGAUUGCGGUUUCUUCGGAAACACCGCCACGCAGAAUCUCUGCUCUAAAUGUUUUAGAGAUCUAAAGCACGAACAGGAGAACUCCUCCACCGCCAAAAACGCCCUUAAGCAGACUCUCGCCGCCUGUGUUGCCUCCUCCUCCUCCGUAUCCCCACCGCCUCCUCCUCCUCCGUCAGAUCUGAAAGAAGUCAACACAGAGAAUCCGGAGAAACGGGCAGCAGCGAGCGAGCCCGAAGAGGAGGAGCUGAAGCCGCCGCAAGAUCCUAAACGCUGUUUGACUUGCCGGCGGCGCGUGGGGAUCACAGGCUUCAGGUGCAGGUGUGGGUUCGUGUUUUGUGGAACCCAUAGGUACGCGGAGCAGCACGAGUGCACUUUCGAUUUCAAGCGGGUCGGGAAGGAGAAGAUCGCUAAGGCCAAUCCGAUUGUGAAAGCGGACAAGCUCGAGAAGAUCUGAACGAAUUGUGUUUGGUGUAAAUUUAUCAUCAUCAAUAUUUUAAGCUUUAAUUUGAUUUCUUCUCGGUUUGGUUAUAAUAUGAUGUCUUCUCUUAUUAGUUUUCGAUAAUUGUUUUUACAACCA